GUGAAAUUGAAUGGUGGUGUGGUCAGUGGUGGGAGAAGCUGUGUCUCAGCCGGCCAUUAGGGCGGAAGGACCCACCUGUUGAGUAUCGACGAACCACUGUUGAUGCUAUCACUGUUGGCUUGACAAAGAUUGGGCCUUCAAGUAAAGAACACUCUCCACUUUUCUUGCUUCAUCAAUCAAUGAAGGAAUUUUUUUUUCUGCUUUUUUCUUUGUUUGUUUAUCCAGAUUUUCACGUGCUUUAGCUCCAUGCUUUCAUCAACUAAUUUCUAAUUUCUAUUUUUUUUAAAAAAAAAAAAAUUAAAUUUCUCUCUCACACGAUACCGGCAGCUGAUUUAGCAUCUAUCGUAUACUUUGUCUCCCAAUCAUUCUAACGUCUUUCCUACUGGGGUUACCCCCAAUUAGGAUCUUAUUCAUAGAAUCUACUCUUCUGUGAAGUUUUGUAUUUGCAGGAGUAUUAAUUUUUGUUUCGUUACCACUACUUAAUGGUUCUCAUUAUUUGAUUUUCUGUUAGUUUAUACUUUAUCGCCGGAUUUUGCUUCUGCUUAUUUCAUUACUUCUUAAUUUUGAGGACAUUUGUGUGUCCAUUACUACUACUACUAAUCAAGCUGCUGCUUCUUCUGGGAGUUGGGGCAUUUGGUAUGGAGUGUUUUUGCUUCUGUAGAAUAAUACUUACCUUCAGGGAUCAGUUAAGUUUGAAACUGUUGCCGUGAACUAUAUAUUAUUGGGAGCUGUUUUUUUUUUUUUGGAGGGGGGGUUGGAAAGAGUAAAGAAUCGGAUUCUGGGUCUGCUUACGUACACAGCUUCGUUCUUUCUGAAUGUUCAAUAUUUAAGCUUAUCUUGCUUCUGAGUGUUAUAGUGGAAGAAACAGAAGGUUUUACUGUUUCUAUUGGUGGGAUCAUACUAUAUUUCAUUUUGGUUUUAGUUAUUCUUGAAAGCACUGGCUAACUUCACUUGAAGUUUCUUUAUUUCAAUAGACUAGACGGUAGAUAUAAUUCCCUGUUUUGGCGGCAUCCCACAGACUUCUUAGGCAAGAAUUGAAAAUGAGUUUCCUUUGGUUUGUUUCAUUGUUAUCUCUCGUUUGCGGUACUUUUCCUCUUGGAUUUGGUAAGAACGUUUCGUCAAGACCAUCGGUUGUGAAUAUUGGAGCUAUUUUAUCUCAUAAUUCUACUAUUGGAAGAGUUGCCACGAUUGCCAUUGAAGAAGCUGUGAAAGAUGUGAAUGCGGAUCCCAGCAUUCUUCCCGGAACCAACCUCUGGUUACAAAUGCAAAAUUCCAACUGUAGUGGGUUUCUGGGCAUGGUUGAAGUCUUGCAACUUAUGGAGAAUAAAACCGUUGCCAUCAUAGGCCCUCAGUCUUCUGUUGUUGCCCACAUUUCAUCCCAAGUUGCAACUGAGUUCCAAGUUCCUCUAGUCUCCUUUUCAGCUACUGAUCCUACCCUCUCUGCCCUUCAGUUUCCUUUCUUUGUGAGGGCUGCACAGAGUGAUUUGUUUCAAAUGACUGCGGUUGCUGAGAUUGUUGAACACUAUCUUUGGAAAGAGGUCAUUGCUAUAUAUGUUGAUGAUGACUAUGGGUGGAACGGAAUUGCAACAUUGGGCGAUAAACUUGCCGAAAGGCGUUGUAAAAUCACAUAUAAGGUGGGUAUUAGUCCAGAUUCUGUGGAUAAUCGAGCCCAAGUUAUGGAUCAGCUUGUUAAAGUUGCUCUAAUGGAAUCAAGAGUUAUGGUUCUCCAUGUGAACCCCAAAUUAGGCACCUUGGUAUUUUCAGUUGCUAAGUACCUUCAAAUGGUGGGCAAUGGAUAUGUAUGGAUUGCGACUGAUUGGCUUACGUCUUUAUUAGACAGUGUUGUUCCUUUCCCUUUUGAAAACAUGGAGUCGAUGCAAGGAGUUCUUUCUCUACGGCAGCACACAGCAGAAUCUGAUAAAAAGAGAGCUUUUCUUUCCAGGUGGAAUAAGUUAACAGGUGGCUCUUUAGGUCUGAAUACUUAUGGUCUGUAUGCAUAUGACUCUGUUUGGAUGGUUGCUCAUGCCAUAGACAAAUUUUUCAGUCAAGGUGGGGUCGUCACACACUCUAACGACUCCAAGUUGCAUUUCAGUGAAAGUGGUGACCUUCAUCUUGAAGCUAUGACUAUCUUUGAUGGUGGAAACCGCGUACUGAAUAACAUAUUGGAGAGUGAUUUUGUUGGUCUGACUGGUGCCAUUAAGUUCGAUUUGGACAGAUCUCUUAUUCAUCCUGCAUAUGAUAUUAUUAAUGUUAUUGGGACUGGAUCAAGAAGGGUGGGUUACUGGUCCAACUAUUCUGGUUUAUCAAUUGAUGCUCCUGAGUUACUCUAUUCCAAACCAGCCAAUCGUUCACAUGCAAAUCAGAAGUUGUAUGAGGUGAUAUGGCCAGGAAAUACAAUAGAACAGCCUCGAGGAUGGGUAUUCCCAAACAAUGGGAAGCUGUUAAAAAUUGGUGUGCCACUUCGGGUCAGUUACAAGGAGUUUGUGUCAAAAAUCAAGGGGACCGAAAAUUUCCAAGGUUUCUGCAUUGAUGUGUUUACGGCUGCCGUAAACUUAUUGCCGUAUGCCGUCCCGCACGAAUUUAUAGCCUUUGGCGACAGCCAUCACAAUCCAAAUUACACAGAUCUUGUGUAUGGGAUUACAACUGGCAAAUUUGAUGCUGUUGUUGGGGACAUAGCCAUUGUCACAAGCCGUACAAGGCUUGUAGAUUUUACUCUGCCAUAUACUGCUUCUGGACUAGUUGUUGUGGCCCCAUUCAAAAAACGGAAUACUGGGGCUUGGGCUUUCCUGCAUCCAUUUUCUCCCGCCAUGUGGAUGGUCACAGCUAGUUUCUUCUUUUUUAUCGGAAUAGUCGUUUGGAUUCUGGAGCAUAGGACGAAUGAUGAAUUCAGAGGCCCACCUAAAAGACAAUGUAUUACAAUUUUAUGGUUUAGCUUCUCAACUCUGUUUUUUGCCCAUAAGGAGAACACAAUUAGCACUCUUGGCCGCCUAGUGCUGAUCAUAUGGCUCUUUGUGGUUCUGAUAGUAAAUUCUAGCUACACUGCCAGUUUAACAUCCAUUCUCACAGUGCAGCAGCUAUAUUUUCCAAUCACAGGAAUUGAAACCUUGAGGGAAGGUGGCGAACCAAUAGGUUUCCAAGUUGGAUCGUUUGCUGAACGCUAUCUGAGAGAGGAGCUGAACAUAUCUAAAUCUAGGCUUAUUGCUCUUGGAUCACCCGAAGAAUAUGCCAGGGCACUUGACCUUGGCCCUGACAAGGAGGGGGGUGUUGCUGCUAUAGUUGACGAACUCCUAUACGUAGAAAGUUUCCUCUCGAGACAGUGUUCAUUCAGAGUUGUUGGUCAAGAGUUCACAAAAAGUGGCUGGGGUUUCGCAUUCCCGCGAGAUUCUCCCUUGGCCAUAGACUUGUCAACGGCCAUUUUGCAGCUCUCAGAGAAUGGUGAUCUUCAACGGAUUCAUGACAAAUGGCUAGCGAAAAGUGCUUGCACCAUGGAAAAUGCAGAGCUAGAAUCAGAUCGACUUCAACUUAAGAGCUUCUGGGGUCUUUUUCUAAUAUGUGGGAUAGUUUGCUUCAUUGCCCUUGCCAUAUAUUGCUUUCAGAUAAUUCGUCAGUUAUACCAUACUGAAACAGAAGAACCCGAUCUAUCUAGCAGUAGUGGAUCACAUUCUAACCGCCUUCGACGAAUUAUAUCACUAUUGGAUGAGAAGAAAGAAUCUUCUAAAAGGGGAAGCAAACGAAGGAAAGUUGAGAAAUCAUCUGAAAAUGAUAAGGUCGAUGAUCAUUUGGGGGUCGAUCCUUGAGAAGUUGGAAAACAGAAACUGAAGCAACCAACCAGGUUCACCAUCUGGUCUUCUCAUCAAUAAUUUUAAGGCUUUCCAGAGAUAAAUUGUACUCUAUAUUCAGUUUGAGAGCUGUAACUGGAUAAUUGAGCCAUCUGUUUCGUAGGUUUAGAACUAUAUUAUGUGCACUUUUGGGUAGUCAUUGCCUUCUGAUAAAGCAUGUUGGAGGAAAUGAACAUGUACAGCUUGUUUAAAUGCACAUCAUCUUCCAUGUUUUUUAUUUUGUUCCA